AUGACUAUCAUGCUGCUCCUGCUCCUCCUGCUGUGCUUGGCCAACUACGGAGUACUCCCCACACAUUCGGGGAAGGCCUUAACCCAUCUUUUCUUGGAAGAAUUGGAUCGGCGGAAAGACCGUGGUCUGUCCGUUGCUGACCGGAUACGCCUCAAGAAGAAGAGAAGGAGGAAUAAGAAGAUGGAUAGAUGCUACCUUCCUCCCCGUAGACUGUGUCGAUCGACUACCUUGGGAGAUGGUGUUUUUGCUGUCAAGAAUAUGACUUGGAAGGACAAUAUCAUUGUCUCUGGGAACCAGCUUGACGGAAGUCGACCGUCGGGAGCCAACAACACACUCCUAGCUUUAGACACCCUUUUGAUGGAUGCCACGUUGUUGGCGCUACGGAACGCGGAGCGCAAAUUUGCGCCGUUCCCUGCACGGGGAAAUGCGGGGGGCAGAGUUCCCGUAACAACAGUACUUUUCGUCCUCUUCGUCAUCUCCGCCGUCUACCCUUCGUCCUUGCUGCCAUCCUUCCACUCCUAG